AUGCUGCUAUGGACACUGGUAACCUACGCUGCACCAGCGCCCAUCGAUCGCCCCGGCUAUCUACCACCAGAAGCACACACUCCCUCCGAAUCAACACAAUCUUCGCUCACUCAGCAAAAGUGGAUCGGUCUCACCCUCGCCAUCAGCAGCUCCCUCGCUAUUGGUACUAGCUUCAUCAUCACGAAAAAAGGUCUUAUGGACGCAGCUGAUAGGCACAACGGCUUGGCCUCUGAUGGCCACACUUACCUCCAGAACCCCAUCUGGUGGGCUGGCAUGGCCACCAUGAUCGUCGGCGAAGUCGCCAACUUUGCUGCCUACACGUUUGCGCCUCCUAUCCUCGUCACGCCUCUUGGCGCGCUCAGUGUGCUGAUCGGUGCCAUCCUCGCUUCUUUCAUACUCAAAGAGGAACUUGGCCGUCUCGGAAAGGUGGGCUGCACGCUCUGCCUCGUCGGUACCGUCAUCAUCGUGGUCAAUGCGCCAGAAGACAAGGAGAUUCAGACUAUCGACGAGAUGCUCAACUACGCUCUGCAGCCCGGCUUUCUCAUCUACUGCACCUUUGUGCUCGGCUUUUCGCUCUUCAUGAUUUUCCGCAUGGUUCCCAAGUACGGCCGCAAGACUCCGCUCGUCUAUAUCUCCAUCUGCUCUCUCGUUGGCUCUAUCUCGGUCAUGAGCGUGAAAGGUCUCGGUGUGGCGCUCAAACUCACGUUUGCCGGCAGCAACCAAUUCACCCACCCCUCCACCUACUGCUUUGCCAUUGUCGUGGUCGUCUGCAUUCUCACCCAGAUGAACUACUUCAACAAGGCGCUCGACCAGUUCUCCACCAAUGUUGUCAAUCCGAUCUACUAUGUUUUCUUCACCACCUCGACCAUCCUCGCAUCCGUGUUGCUCUUCCAAGGCUUCAACACGUCAACUGCUCCAGCCGUCUCGUUGUUGGGCGGUUUCAUCGUCAUCUUUACCGGCGUGUACCUGCUCAACCUCAACCGCAUCAUCGACCCUGUCACGCAACAGCCGCGAAUGUCGCUCGUCACAGGCGAAGGUACCACCCGUUUCUCGGAGCAGCACGAGCGUUUGCUCGACCAGCAGCGUGCCAUGAGCAGCUUUGCCAACGGCAGAACGAGUCUAAGUGGUCCUGCAGGACGCAGUGCCACCGUCUUUGGACAUGGCAGACGUAGCAGCGCAGGCUCUUCGGUGCUCUUCAACGCAUACGAGAACGAGGAGGCGCUCGGGCUGGCACGAUUGGAUGAGGAUGAGUACGAUGAAGAUGCUCGCGACACCUCGCCCAUGUUUCGUCCAGCCAAGACACAUUCUGCACGUGCCCACGACGUGAACGGUCACGCGCCAUCGGGAGAAGCAACAGCGAGAGCGCACCGUCCGAACAAGCGGCAGAGCUUGAUUGAUGACUCUACGCCACAUUACGAGACCGGCAAGUGA